UGGUAUGACGGAAAAAUGCCCACGUUGGAGUCACCCGAAAUGGUCACAUCAUGGAUGCAACGGUCAAACGACUUUCCAACGGGUGUGGCUCUGUUUGCUGGCGUCCACUUUGUGCCCCAUCUGGCAGUGGGCGGCUAUGGGGGCGAUAUGAGUGUCGACACUGCCGCUCAUGAAUGUCAAUUUCACCAUAAUAACACUCUGUGUCCCAUUAGUAUCAUGUUCUAUCUGUUCCAUUUAUACCACGCGACCGAAACGUUGCUACUAAAAGACGACCGACUGUUGACACCGUUGAGCUACAAUCUGAUGCCACGGCUGGACCCGAUCACCGGUCGCCCUAAGAUGGCCAAUAUCUAUACGGAUGUGUUGACCCACUGGACAAACGUUACGGUCGCCGAAACAUUUCACGUGGGUUUUGGCGAGUAUUGCUCGAUCUUUGACCGCACUGUAGUCGCCAUCAAUCGGCACCUGAAUGGCGAGCGGCCAGUCCUGCCAAAGGCUAUCCAAGAGUUGCCACAAAUGGUUAAGAUUAUGUUUUUCCCGGCGUUCGCUUCGGGUAACUAUACGUGGUUUGAGAUGGAGUUGGACGGAGGCAGUGAUGAUUGUAACCCCGACUGCAAACCUGUGCCCAAAUUUCAGUCCUAUUCAGAGACUCCUCACGGCAUACGUCUGAUGAAAAACAUGGAGGGCUUUGACUCCAACCCCCUGUCCGUCAACGGUCUGGCCCUCUCGCAGAUGUAUAUGUUUGCUCUGACCGAUGCACUCAAUAUGGUCGGCUACUGUUCCCCAUUUAUCCCUUAA